AUGCUGCACCUGCACGCACUAGCAUGGGUUAGAGGUAACCUUGGUUUCACUACUUUGCGAGAUCGGCUGCUCAAGGAUGACCAGUUUUCUGCUCGCAUGAUCCGUUACCUAGAGUCGACCAUCAUGCAAGGAGUAGAUGAGAGUAUUCCACUGGACCCUGAGGUGAGCCUUCCGAGCGUGGCGCCUUCGACCAAGGAGCUGGAAUCGGAUGACGAUUACCACCUCAAAUUGUCCCAUGACAGCAACUCCGUAGCAGGCCGAAAGCAGCUCCAUUCAAGAAAUCACCUCUCGACCUGCUUUAAAUAUCGACAAACUGGCUCGGGAAAAAACACUUGUCGGUUCGGUAUGCCCCGAGAUCUGGUUCCUACCUCCAGAGUAGAUGAGUUCGGACUGAUUCACCUCGCUCGAAAUCAUGGCUGGAUUAACCCGUGGAACCCUGCCAUAGCCAGCUGUGUCCGUUCGAAUCAAGAUAUCUCUUGGAUUCCAACCGUCUCUAAAUCUCUGUCUCUGAUCUACUACAUCACCAACUACGCCACGAAA